AUGAGACUGCCACCUCCCCAGGUUCUGCUUACAUGGCCGACACCCAACUACGUCGAUCCCCUCACUCGCGGGAAUGGUGCCCUGAUCGUUAAUAUUGUCUGUUUAAGUUUCGCGUUUGUCGUUACGCUCCUUCGUCUCUACACUCGUUUGAAAAUUACGUAUAGUCCUGGUCUGGAUGAUGCUCUGAUCGUGAUUGCCCUGGGCUUUGCCAUUGCGAUGUGUGCAGUCACCUCUCUCGCAACUGUACAAUACGGCUGGAACCGACAUAUGUGGGAUGUCCCACCGACGUGGCUUUCUACUGUCUCGAAGCUCAACCUUGUAUUUCAGAUUCUGUUCUCCUUGGCCUCCUCUGUCACCAAACUUUCGCUCCUAUGGUUCUGCAAGCGUCUUCUCGGUGCCGGAAGUAAGGGCCUUUACCGGACCUACAACUGGUGUCUUAUUGGGGGAAUGGCGUUUGUGUCCCUCACCUGCGCUCUUUUUCUUCUUUUCAGCAUCUUCCAGUGCAAUCCGAUUCAUGCCUAUUGGGACUUGGCCCCAACCUAUCCAUACAAAUGCUUAAAUGAUGGUGCCAUUGUCUUCUCCGCAAGUGUCAUCAAUAUCUUCACCGAUUUCCUCGUCACUGUCCUUCCUAUGCCGUUGAUUUGGAAUCUGAAAUUGCCUACUCGACAAAGGAUUGCCGUAAUUUCCAUCUUCAGCUUGGGUAUUGUGGUCAACGUAGCAGGCUCGGUUCGAACAGUGUACGUCUGGAAGAGCAUGAUCGCCUCAUACGACACCACAUGGCUGGGCUGGCCGGUCCUGCUCGCCGCUUCUGUUGAGAUCAACAUGGGCCUGAUUUGUGCCUCUGCUCCGGCAUUGCGACCGCUUCCGGUCCAUCGAAAGGUUCGCGGCUUGAGUCACGUCAGCAUGGCAUUGAGGGGCUUAGCAUUGUGGAACCAUUUGAGGUGA